GGAACUGUCUGGAUCGAAGGAGACAGGUGGGCAUAUCUAACAAAGCUACCUGAUCCUUGAGCACCUUUACAGGAAGAUGGGAAUAAGGAUAAUUUCUUUUUGCUUAGUAACAAAUCCAAUUAUGGCAAGUAGAUAAACAGAAAAAGAAAUCAUUACUUUAGCCUCCUUCACCCUCCUCUACGUUCAUUUCUUUUCUCUUUCAGUAAAGUCUCCCCCGCCAUUAAAACAAGUCAAGGAGAACGACCCACCAAGCAUUUGCUUUUUCUUUUCUUGCAAGAUAGGAUGUGAAAUUCGGUGGGCGUGAGCCAGGGACCUCAGAAUCUGAUUGGUCCGGGAAAACAAACAAGGUCUUAAAGAAGGUCCUCUCCAAUUGUUCUUCUUCGAGGAGUACCAUGAAGGUAUUAUGAUUUUUAUUAUUUUUCUGGGAGAGUUGAAGAAUAAGGUUCUUUAGUGGCACUAUGGGUGACAUUUGGAAUGUGUUGUCUGGUUGGAGUUGGGAGGAGAAUAAACUGUUCGAGGUGGCUUUGGCUAUUGUCGACGAAGAGAACCCAGACCGGUGGGAGCUGGUUGCAGCUGCCGUGGGAGGUAAAAGUGCAGAGGAGGUGAAGAAACACUAUGAUAUCCUCCUGGAGGAUUUGCAAUAUAUUGAAUCUGGUAAAUUUGACCAUGGAUUUGAAGAAAGUCAGUGGUGCCUUCCAGUUGAAUGUACCCAAUCUGUUGUGUCUUGGACGGAUGAAGACCAGAAGAUGCUUAUUCAGUUGGACAUAAAUUGAUUGGUGGAGGCACAAGAGCUUCUCCAAUGUGUUCGGCUUACUUUUUCACACCUCAUGGGGGCAAGAAUAUAAAUAUAAACCAUGGACCCCGAUAUUAUAGAUUAGAAUGGUAUGGAUUUAUUUCCAGUUUAUUAGUUGUUGAGUAAACUAACCUCUUUGUGUAAAACAUUUGCAGUAGACUUUCACUGGUGAGCUAUAAACAUCUGUGAUAGUUUUCUCUCCAAAGAUAUAGGUAUCUGAGAAGGUUUGGAACAUUUCCUUUUUGAGCUCCUAAUUGUUAUUGUUUUUAGGAUUUUGAAUGAGAUAUCUGUGAAGUGAACACACUGUGAUUCAUUUGGAUGAUAAAAAGUUAAGCAUGUUGAUACUUUGA